GUCUGGAGUGAGGGUGAGAACCUCUUCCCUGGGCAGAGUGCCAUGUUCCCACACUGAAAUGGUUCCUAGACCACAGGAAUGUGUUGUCUCUUCGCACCUGCUUAACAACUGUACCUAUGGAUCCAAAAUCACUGACCAGCUCCAGCUCUUGAGCCUUAAAGAGGCUUUACAGUUCUUUCGGCCAGAUUUUAUCCUCCGCUCUCAGAGACGAGUACAUCGAUUGGAGCAGAGGGCCAGAGAGAGGCGGGGCUUACAACCAGGAGAUUCCACAGUGUUGUUGCAGACCACCAAUAGGAGGCAGAACUGCACCAAGCCACACCCACUUAGUGAUAAUCUUUUUAAACCCAAGGACAGAGUGAUCUCAGGCAAGGAGAUGCAUCUCCGAUCUAGACGGAUUUACAACAAACUGCCCGAGGUGACCAAAAAGAAAGAAGAAGAGAGAAGAAGGCUGGUACUGCAAACCAACAGACUGAGAGCUGAAGCCUUUAAGAAGAAACUUCUAGACCAGCUCCUACAACGAAACAGCGACUGAGGAGCACCUGUGCACAAGAAUCAUGUCCUUCAUGAUCUCCUUGCCUGUGGCGAAGAACUUGAGACUCAGAAGACCUCUGAAGCCCCCCAACUGAGAUCAGUACAGGGGUUUUACAAACAUGACUCAAAAUACAAAACACGUCUUGUGGUACUUGAGUUGAAUGUACAUGUUCCUGCCCUGAUGGUGAUGAAAUGGUGAUACAUUAUAAGGCACUUUUCCAGAGAAGACAUAGCUUCAUCAUAGCAGACCUUAUGAAAACAGCAUGACUGGCUGUCAUUUGAAUGGACAUGAUAAACUUUUAUAGAGUUGAUUAUACUCUUCUCCUAGAGCACUAAUGAAGUGUCUGCCCAACCAAAUGAAAGAAAUGACAUUCCUUUUUAGCAUUUGAUGUGCUCAGAAUUAUAUGAGCGUAUAAUUUCGGAUAAACGUCUAGUUAAUAGAGUGUCCAGAAAGAGACAUAUGCACAUACAUACAGUAGUCUAAUACAUUAUUCAUUUAGUGAUUAAUCACUCCAUUAUUUCAGCCAAAUGAAAUACAUCACUCAAAUGCUUUGGGAUUAUAUUAGAGUUUUUAGUCAUUGUUCUACAGCAUAUUCAGUUACGUCAUAUUUUGAGACUGAUUUUUAAUGAGAAAGGUAUUUCUUUGAUCAAUUAUAUAAAUUACAUGUGUGCAUGUUUGUGUAUAGCAGAUAGUCUUCCUUCUCUACUUUUCUUUCAUGUACCUCAACAAUAACAACUAAAGAAAUGUUUGCUUUCCGCAUGCCUACCUCAGAAUGUGCUACCUUGAUAUCUGCAUACUACUUGCCUGUCUGUUUCCAAUGUUACUUUAUUACAUUGUGGCCUCCUGUAUAAUUCAGAUAUUAUUCCCCUCUUUCUCACAUGGCCUCUUCCAAUAAAUUGAGCUGCUAGAACGAAGUAAAAAUGUGAUCUGAUGCAUGGUAGAGCAUGGAAUGAAAUAUCUUCUGUUCUACAACACUACACAUUGACCUGAAAGUGUCCUUUUUUUGGUCCAGAACAUGGAGUUUUGUGUGUGUGUGUGUGUGUGUGUGUGUGUGUGUGUGUGUG